GUCUUACUGUAACCGGGACGCACUCUGUAGCUGGAGUUCCCGGUGUGAACUCCCGUACAGAAACUACAGCCGGUCCGAUGAUUUAAUCAGUGCACGCACUCAGAGACAUCGCUCCGGGUUCCCUCUCACUUCCAAGCCGAAAAAAGGUGCACCGAACGCCGGGCACAGACGCAGCCAUGGCGGGGGACGGGUCCGACCAGCGGGCUCUGCAGUAUGAGCAAACCCUGAUGUAUGGGCGCUACACCCAGGAGCUCGGGGUGUACGCUAAAGAGGAGGCGGCUCGGCUGAGGGAGAGCGGGCAGAGGAGGAGCCGGACCCUCGACCUGCACGAGUACGACAAGGGCCGCUGUGCCAAGUGUCGCAGGUCAGGGUACCCGUAUGCUCUGCCAUCUCCAGCAAAGGACUUUCUCUCUGUCUGCACGGUGCGCUGUCAGAAGUUCCUGAUCUCGCGGGUCGGGGAGGACUGGAUCUUCCUCAUCCUGCUGGGACUCUUCAUGGCUCUGGUCAGCUGGGUGGUGGACUUCUGCAUCGCCAUCUGCCUGCAAGCACAGAAGUGGAUGUACGGGGGUCUGGACAGUAACGUAUUCCUGCAGUAUUUAGCCUGGGUAACCUACCCCGUUGUCCUCAUCACCUUCUCCGCCGGCUUCACGCAGAUCCUCGCCCCCCAGGCUGUCGGUUCAGGUAUUCCUGAGAUGAAGACCAUCCUGAGAGGCGUCGUGCUGAAGGAGUACCUCACCUUCAAGACCUUCGUGGCCAAAGUCAUCGGCCUCACCUGCGCUCUGGGCAGUGGCAUGCCCCUGGGCAAGGAGGGUCCCUUCGUACACAUUGCCAGCUUGUGCGCUCUCCUCAGCAAAUUCAUGUCUCUGUUCGGAGGGAUCUAUGAGGAACCCUGUCUCAUAGGAGUGAAGAACGAGUCGAGGAACAUCGAGAUGCUGGCUGCAGCGUGUGCUGUGGGGGUGGGCUGCUGCUUCGCUGCGCCGAUAGGAGGUGUGUUGUUCAGUAUUGAAGUAACGUCCACGUUCUUCGCGGUGAGGAACUACUGGAGAGGGUUCUUCGCUGCGACCUUCAGUGCCUUCAUCUUCAGAGUGCUGGCCGUGUGGAACCGAGACGAAGAGACCAUCACGGCUCUUUUUAAAACUCGUUUCCGACUCGACUUCCCCUUCGACCUCCAGGAGCUUCCUGCCUUCGCCGUCAUUGGGAUCGCCAGUGGUUUCGGUGGAGCGUUGUUCGUCUACCUGAACCGACUGAUAGUGCAGUUCAUCAGGAAACAGAAGGCCAUCAACAGAUUCCUCAUGAAGAAACGUCUGCUGUACCCAGCGCUGGUCACUCUACUGGUUUCCACUCUCACAUUUCCCCCCGGUUUUGGACAGUUUAUGGCUGGAAAAUUGACCCAGAAGGAGUCUCUGGUCACGUUACUGGACAACCGGACGUGGGCCAAGCAGGGCAUCGCCGAGGAGUUCGACUACAUCGGACACUCUGCGGCCUGGAAACACCCGCAGGUCAACGUCUUCGUCACCCUCGUGCUCUUCAUCGUCAUGAAGUUCUGGAUGUCAGCUCUGGCCACCACCAUCCCUGUGCCCUGCGGAGCCUUCAUGCCAGUAUUUGUCAUUGGGGCAGCGUUUGGUCGUCUGGUUGGAGAAAGCAUGGCAGCCUGGUUCCCAGAUGGCAUUAACACAGAUGGCACCAUCUACCCGAUAGUGCCGGGAGGCUACGCUGUCGUGGGUGCGGCGGCCUUGUCGGGAGCUGUGACCCACACCGUGUCCACGGCUGUCAUCGUGUUUGAGCUGACUGGCCAGAUCUCACACAUCCUGCCGGUGAUGAUAGCCGUGAUCCUGGCCAACGCCGUGGCCCAGUCCCUGCAGCCCUCCCUCUACGACUCCAUCAUCCGGAUCAAGAAGCUGCCGUACCUCCCCGAGCUGGGCUGGGGGCACCACGAGAAGUAUAAUAUUCGAGUGGAGGACAUCAUGGUGCGGGACGUUCGGUACAUCACUCUGAACUGCUGCUACAGAGACCUGCACAACGUCCUGCUGACGGGACACCUCAAGACCCUGGCCCUGGUGGAGUCAGUCGAGUCCAUGAUCCUGUUGGGCUCCAUCGAGCGAGCCCAGCUGCAGGCGCUGCUCUCGAUGCAGCUCGGUCGCUCCAGACGUCUCGAGUACAUCCGGGAGCGAGCCGUCGAGGAGAAGAAACGUGUGUCGGUCAUUUCAAACGUGGGCAGCGAGGACGGCACCCACCGGGCCAGUCAGGAGGUCCGCUUCCAGAUCUCCACUGAGGAGUCCUCCUUAAGCCCGACUCGUACAGUCCCUCAGAAACCCCUCAAACCUGCACUGAAGAGAUCCUCUGUGGUGGAGCGCCCUGCCGAGAUCCCCACCAGCCAAAAUGAUAAUUCAGGCAUUGCUUUGAAGAACCUGUUCUGCGCCAGUCCCGACACAGAAGGCCUGGAGAAAAACAACAACAUGGAGAGCCCCGUGUCUCCUGAGCUCAGGAGGCCAUCCAAACGAGUCCGGAUAUCCGUAGUGGAGCCACCGCAGAUCUUAAAGAGCUACUUUCCGGACGAUGUAGACGUGGAGGAUGACAUGACUAUUAGAGAGAUUGCAGAGUGGGAGGAGAGGCAGCUUGAUGAGCAGGUCAACUUUAGCAACUGCAAGAUCGACCCCGCCCCCUUCCAGCUGGUGGAGCGCACAUCGCUGCAUAAGACACACACCAUCUUCUCCCUGUUGGGCCUCGACCACGCCUACGUCACCAGCAUCGGACGCCUCAUCGGGGUGGUCUCCCUCAAAGAGCUCCGUAAGGCCAUCGAGGGCUCGGUGACGGUGAAGGGGGUGAAGGUGCGUCCUCCUCUGGCCAGCUUCCGGGACAGCGGCACCAGCAGCAGCGAGAACGAAGCCACCGAGCUCCACAAGCUGUGGGACCGGCACAAGAGCAUGUCGCUGCCCCGCGAACACACCCCCUCCGAGUCCGACGAGAAGUCACAGUGAGGGAAGGAAGAGGAGGAGGAGGAGGAGGUGUUGAGAUCUUUAAUCCCCCAAAGUAACACAGAAUGCAAAAACCCUCAGGGCUUAGGAUCAAUAUUUAAUUCUGGAAAGAGUCCUGCUCGCCUCACAGUAACUCCCCUCUCCUCAUCUGCGCCUCUUCCCCUCCAUCAUCCACUUGGCUUCGAGGACCCCCCACUGAUCUCUCCGGUAGUCUUGCACUGACACUCCACGUGGGGGGGGGAAGGAGUUCAACCUGUGCCCUGCUGCAGGACAUCCAACAGGGGACUGGGAGUGGGUUGAAAUCUUAAGAAUAGAAAAAGGGAUUAUUGUUUUUUAGCAGCUCGUGUUUCUGUAGAUCAAAGUCUGGACCUGCGAACGUCUUCCACUUGAGUAGAGGAGUUGAGCAACGAUGACAAGGAAGAAUAACGUGUGUGUGUGUGUGUGUGUGUGUGUGUGUGUGUGUGUGUGUGUGUGUGUGUGUGUGUGUGUGUGUGUGUGUGUGUGUGUGUGUGUGUGUGUGUGUGUGUGUGUGUGUGUGUGUGUGUGUGUGUGUGUGUGUGUGUGUGUGUGUGUGUGUGUGUGUGUGUGUGUGUGUGUGUGUGUGUGUGUGUGACGAGUAAAUGGGAGCGUGCAUGAAGAGGGUAGCAAACGACUAUUUCUUAUAGGACUUUUUUUGUGUUUCUCAGCGUUUUGUUUGAUUUCUGACUGAUCAGGUGGUCUGGGUUGAACUGGAAUUUGCCAUUGCACCAUUUCUUUGUUGAACGACACUACAGUUUGUCCCGAGCACUGGACUGAGGGGACGGAUGCCUUCUUCUUGUUUCCAUAAUACCUCUUUCUCUCUGUCUGUCUCACGUCUUCACUGCGGGUCUGAGCGGUCAGGGUGGAGAGCGAAGUCUAUGCAAGCGGAGCAUGCCUGUCGGGCGGAAACACUUGUAGCUUUUUUUUCCAUAAUGCACACUGCUCUCAUACUGUAGCCUUACUUUGCAAAGACACAUAGAACCACACACACACACACUCAUGCUUCUUGCUAAUCUAAAUAUAGCUCUUAAUAGCGGCUGCAGAGAUGGAGAGGGCAGGAAGCGACAGGGAGGGAAGGAGGAAGAGUAAAUGGAUGGCUGGGAGAAUGAAGACAUCAUUACCUAACCAGCUGCUCAGGGCCCUCUCAUCAAUCUGCCUUUGAUCGCCAUGUUAGCUAACCUCCAUUACUAGCAGGAAAAAAAAAAACACCAAGUAUAGGAUGUAAUGUGCAGACGCUGCUCUUAACAUACAUGCGGCAGCAGAUGAUAAUACGUGAGCAGGAGCAGCGAAACCCUCCUGUCGGGUUCCUUUCUCUCCUCGCUCUCUGGUGUAUUAACACAAAAACCAUUAAUCAUCUCCACAUGUGAUUCAACACCCCCUUAAAGCUGCCAACAGUGGCUCAGACUGCUGGUUUACAUGCAUAACUGCUGUCAAUAUACACAGAAUACACACUGAAAUGUGAUGGGUGAACAUUAUCUAGGGUUCCCAAUUCAUUUACUAAAGCACUCAAAAUGAAAUGAAAGUGGUGACCAGUAACUAUAUCGUUCACAAAACCAACUGUGGAGGAUCUCAUAAGCUCCUGAUUCUAUCAAAUGUAACACCGAAUAUUUAUGGAGGUAGUAAAUCAGUCUGAUUUGAAACCGACCACGACAGGAGGAAAAUAUCUGAUCAACUCCCGUAAAGAAAACUGACGCCAACGCACGGUUGAAGAUCUAUUUGACCAUUAAGCUUAGUACCUUUGUUUCCCAGUAUGAAGCUUAUUGUUGCAGAGGAAUACCUGAACAACUGAGGUGAAGAAAACCGGACAAAAGUGCAUUGUGGGAUAUGUAGUUUAACCGUACCUGACGGGGAUUCUCACCUGAAACUGGAUCCCUGAAUGACUGACGGCACUGAUUCAGCAAGCAGUCUGCAUGACAGAUAGCGUAUAAGUACUGUGUGUUUAAUAAUUCAUGCCUACUAUAAUACUUGAGGCUCGUCCCCAUCGACAGAAACACAUCGAUUUGUUUUACUGACGUCCCGUAACACACACGCCCUUUUCUUAACUCAAUAUGUAUGUCCACUACUACUACCUGCAGAACCUGCUCUCCUGUUUAGAUGCCUUAACUGCUACUUCAUUCAGAAUUAGAAAUUGCGUUGCAUGCAUUUGAUUUCCCGUGGUGUCUUGUAUCGCUGCGUGAAACACAUCGGGUAGACCAGCACGGCUUUGCAUGACGAGAGUGCACGUGAGGUUAGUUUUUAUAUGAUCAAAAUGUACCAAAAACUCUGAAUAGUGAAUGCUAUGUGUGCCAUCCUGUGCCUGCGUGUUAUACGUCUCUCCUGCAUCCUGUUUUGUACCUUUUUAGAGUCCUGUUAUUUCACUUUUAAUCAUCCAUCGAGCUUCACUCACUGAUUGGGGAUGGGCUCUUGAAUGCUUCCAGAUUAAUAUAUUUAACAUCGUUACUGUAAUUUAAUGUCUUAAUAAUCUUACAUUUAUUUUGAAAGAGAUUUUCGGGCUUUUGUGUUGUAUUUUGUUCACUUGGUGAUGUAAGAUGUUGAUCUAAAACCUUUCUACUAAGAUGUUUCAUUGCAAAUAACACUACAGCGGGGUGAAGGCUCAAAGCGGCUGCUGGACAGAGGGAAAAGACCCCAAAAGACGUUCUAUAAGUGCCUGCGUAUACUAUAUAUAAACGGGAAUAAGCAACACUUUUCACACACAGAUAUCGUGCUGGUUUUUAUUUGUGCUUUCUCAUCUGUCUCCAUUAUCCUACCUUCAGCCCGAGCCUCGUCCUGCAUCUCCUCGUGCAGAUAUAAACAUAUGUAUUAGUGUGUAUUAAUCACAGUAGAAGAUGUAAAUGAUUGUUUUUCUCCUUCUUUUUAUGGAUGAUCUACUCGUAGGUAAUCGAUUCGUGCAAUAACUGUUGUUCAUCUCACUCUGUAACCCCCCCCUCUCCCCCUCCCCCCACAACUGAAUGCAAGAUAACCUUAUUUUUGUAAAGAAAAACCUGAAAAGUGUAAAAAGAUGUUUAUGUAUAUGAGGAGCAGCGACGCUCACACAGCGGCUCGUGUGAUGAGGUGAUGUGUGCACCAUGAUUUACGGGGGAGGGUCUCCUAAAAGCCUCAAUAGAAGCUCACUACAAUCAACAUUAGGAGGGAAAAGGACACUUUGACGUUGUUGAAGAAAAGAAAACGGCUUAUAAUUCUUAUUUGGGCUCUUAGGAAACAUUCCCCGCCUGGUCUUACAGGCUUUGUGCUGCAUGACCUGUAGCUGUCUGUAAAUGCGAGGGGCUUUCGUAAGACCAGACCCUCUCCUGUUGAGGGUUUUUUUAUCUUCUAUCCACUCCUUAGGGACUGUACAUUGUACUGGAGGCCUCCGCUACGGCAACCCCAGAGGGCCAAAACAGACGGAGCUCCAGAACUAUUUUUCACACGGAGAAAUGAAACGUUGUUUUGUAUAUCAGGGAUGAAUAAAUGAGAUUUUAACAAACA